AACCGUCGUGACCUGUGAAGUUUAGUUCAUCAGUAGUUCACAUUGUCUUUGUUUAUUAUUUGGAAACUAGAGUGUUGCACUUUCUUUCAUCUAUGAUAUUCCUGUUAGUACACUUCUUCAUUUGUGGUUGUUAUUUUUUUUUUAUCAAACUGAUAUGAAUUUCAUUCCAGAUGAUUGUUUAAUCCUUGUUUUCCCAAUUAAAGUUCAUAUGCUUGUUUCUCUUAUUCCAUCUAUGAGCUUAACUGUGUUUGAAAGUGUAAAAUAUAGUUCAUACCAUCAUGGACCCAGAGGAAGUCCGACGUGGACGUCGAAAUGCAGCAAUAAAUAUACUGGUGCACUACUAUAACACGCAUGUGGACCGUGAGCCCUGUUACACAUCAUCUCAGAUUGGAGACAAAUGGAUGGGAGAAAUGAUUUCAGGACAUCCAGCGAGAUUUCAAAACAUAUUCCGCAUGUCCCAGCGUGUUUUCAGUGAUCUGUUAUUAGAUCUGCGAACAUCUCAUGGGCUUCACGGAUCUUCAAGGACAACAGACCGUGAAGUAUUGGGCAUAACACUUUACAUUUUAUCACAGAACGAGUCAAUGCGGGGAGCCAUGGAACGAUUCCAACACUCAUCGGAAACAAUAAGCAGGUACUUCUCAGUGGGUUUGACUUCCCUCGUCAGUUUAGCGCAAGCUAUAAUAAAACCCGAAGAUCCAACGUUUGCCAGAACGCCAGCACAGAUUCGCAACGAUGCCCGAUACAUGCCACAUUUCAAGGGUUGCAUCGGCGCAAUCGAUGGAACGCAUGUUCAUGCCAGGGUACCGGAAAACGAGAAAGUUGCAUUUAUCGGCCGUUCCGGGAGCACAACGCAAAAUAUCAUGGCCGUUUGUGAUUUCAACAUGUGUUUCACAUUUGCAAUGGCUGGAUGGGAGGGCAGCGCACAUGAUAGUAGAAUCUUCAAAAUUGCAACGAGAAAUCCGGAGUACAAUUUUCCUCACCCACCACAGGGGAAGUACUAUUUGGUCGAUGCUGGCUACCCAAUGCAGAGGGGGUACCUUAAACCCUAUCCGGACACAAGGUAUCAUCUUCCAGAUUUUCAGAGAGCCAGCAAUCGUACGAGAAACAGAAAAGAGGUCUUUAAUAGAAGACAUUCAUCCUUACGAGGCGUCAUUGAGAGGACUUUUGGAGUUUGGAAGAAGAAAUGGGUAAUACUACGAGAUAUGCCACCUUAUCCAUUUCCAAAACAGGUGCAGGUAGUGUUAGCCACUAUGGCCCUCACUAACUAUAUUCGACGGCAUCCAACUCGAGCUGAUGUUGACUUCGAGCGUGUUGAGGUCAAUGAUGACGAAGUACCUGUCGAACCCUAUGAAUACCGCAUUGGUCAAUCUCUACCAACAGAGGAGAACGACAAUGCUUCAAUUUGCACGAAAGAUGGAGAAGGUGCGAGUGAAAUGAAAGCCCUUCGUGAGGAGAUUACUGUCUCAUUAGUUGGAGACUGAUUACUUCGAUUCAGAUCUGCUGCAAACACAAUUUGUGAAGGGGUUUGCGUUUUUUAUUUCGGUUUAUAUAUUUCAAUUUUGAUGAUAGCCUUUUUCAUUACCUAAUAUGGUAAUAAUUAUGUUUUAUACUGCAUUGUUUUUCAGGAAAAAAUGACUUCCAGGAUGUCUGCUACCCCCCGACGAGUGCUUUGUCAUUGUGGCCUGCAAACCACACUUUUGACCUCACGGCAGGCACAUAGCUACGGUCGGAAGUUUUAUACAUGCCCCCGAAGCAUUGCCGAU